CAGAGGAAUUUGAAGGUUAAUUCAGGAGAGUAUCCGGACGUAAUCGAAGCUGCAUGGAGCCCGACGUCGUGACGCAAUCAAUGAGCGACGACAGCUUGGAUUGUUGUUUCUUCAAAUCGUGGUUAGACGAAACUCAGUUUGUUAAUUCAUAGACAAGGCCUGUCCGUACAGUGAACAAAGAAAUUGACUAGUGACGGUGUCAUCUAAAGACAAAUUCUUAUUGACAUUUUCUUCCUCCCUCUCCUUGCCACUUCCCCUUGCUCUAAUUAGGUGAACAUGGUGGUGUUAAUAUUCCAUACAGAAUCUACCCAUCACUGAGGAACACUCAAUACCUGCCAUGUUUUAGACUGCUGUCAUGUCAAUAACCUCUAUGGUGGGAAAGGCUUGAGAACGAGUUCUUUUCUACACAGCAAAAGAACAUUACAGAAGAAUAGAGGUUCAGAUCCUGGAGGUAAGUUACGGGAUAAAAACCAAGGACAGAACAAACCACAACACCUAAAAUUCAGAGGACCAAAGGGGAGGAGAGGACAGGAGCGCGGACAGAGGGUGUUGGGGAUGGGGUUGAAGAGCCAAAGGAGGACGUCAUGGUUCACAGCGGCUCUGCAUCCCCAAUGAAAACAACACCAUCAGCAUCACCUCAUUUAACUGUUCCUGCUACAGCACCUCCUCUGCAAGCAGCUCCUCUAGUGCCCCCUCCUGGAGAUACUACAGAUCAGGACCUAACCCAGACCCCUGCCAAACUCCUCACCACAGACCUUACCUCCAACUCAGACUUGACCCAGCCUUCUACUCUGACUCCUGCUGAUGCCGAGCCACCUGUUGUAACCCAAGCAAAAGCACUUACUACUAACUCAAGCCCAGCAUCUGCCUGGUCCUCUACACAGACGCCAACCCCUGCUCAGGGCCCAGUCAAUGGCCGUACGUCAGGCAGGAAGAGGACUCCUAAGGCCUGUGACUGCUGUGGCCCCAACGGUACAGGACACAAUGUCAGAAUCUCAGGCAGAGGGAGGGGGAGAGGGAGAGGGAGGGGGGCUGGUAGUGACUUCUGGGACACCCCAAAAAGGAAAGUGGGUGGCCAGCUGACACAUAUCAAGAGUUUUGAUUUGACCAAUGAGAAGGUAGAGGAAACAGAGGAUGAAGAUGACAGAUAUGAGAAGGUGCAGAAGACUGUAGUAGUGGCUGAUACUCAACUACAAACCCCUGUUGCCCUCCCUGUCACAGUCUCCCUGCAGGAUGGACCAAUAAGGAAUUAUGCUGCUCCAGAGAAAGGGGAUAUGCAGAAAAAGGAAGACAUGUUGAUAGAGGGGUCCGGAGUUGCUGGUGCAGAAGGGAAAGGAGGUGGUGAUAGCAGAGAUGUGGAGAUGAGGUUGUCGGCAAUGGCAGGCAGGGGAGCACCAGUAGUUAGGGUAGGGGAGAGGAGAGGAGGGAGGGGAAUGGUGGGAACUACGUCUGUAUCAAACAUGGAAGUAGAAGGUGGAAUAAAGAGGGGAGGUUUAGGUGGUGUUGUCAUCAGUUCUAAAACGUAUGCCCUACCUCGAUUAGUGUUUGUGCAGAGGCAGGGGCAAAACAAAGAUGCAGAGAUGGACCAUGGAGAGCAGACUGACCCCAGCUCAAUUAAAUCUCCAUUUGGAAAUGGAGACACUGUAAACCUAUCUGACACUGAACCUGAAGAUGAGGCGAAGGAGGACAACAUGAUCAUGAGUGGAAUGGAAAAUGGACUAUUGUCUAUCUCACGGCAGUCAGGUCCUGUUUUAAGGUCAGAAUCUCCCCAAGACCUCGACUCUGAGAUGCAGGUGGACCAAACUCAUGACAAAACUGACUCAGUGUCUAUACCAGGAACUCUGUAUAACGGAAACAUCACCACACCAACAAAUGAAGACCACUGCUCCACACUUAUGGAGGUGGAAGCUUCUCAUCCUGCUACAGUUGCUGCUCCAUCCCAGGGCCCUAUUACAGUAUCCAGUAUGGCGCACCGUUUGGCAUUAAGAGACCACAGGCUGUACUGUCAGCCUGGAACCUGGGAGAAGAAGGAGAUGGAAGAAGUGUGGGGCAAAGAUGGACAAGAGAUGGAUGGAAAGACGCACGAUAAAGAAAGCCUGGAGCAGCUUACUGAUAUGGUCCACGAGUUUCUGGAGAGCUUCUACUUAAAGUACGGUGGUUUCAUUCCUCUCAGUGAGACUGAUGUCCUGGAAUACCUGAAGAAGAAAGGCAAAUCUGACCUCAGCAACAGGGGACUGGACAUCAAAGGGGAGAUGACUCGGUAUAGGGCAGGGCUGGCCUCUGCUCCUAUUGCGGGCUUCAUGGUGACGUAUAACAAACACACCCUGGGCCUGGAGGAUCUUGGCACGCUGGAGGAACAGAACUGGCUUAAUGACCAGAUUAUCAACAUGUAUGGAGAACUCAUCAUGGAGGCGACACAACACAAGGUUCAUUUUUUCAACAGUUUCUUCCACAAGCAGCUGGUUGCCAAGGGUUAUGAUGGUGUGAAGAGAUGGACUAAAAAAGUUGACCUAUUCUCCAAGUGGCUGUUGCUAAUUCCCAUCCAUUUAGAAAUCCACUGGUCUCUCGUCACGGUCACCAUGGCAACCAAAACUAUCAGUUACUACGACAGCCAAGGCAUCGUCUUCAGACACACCACAGAUAACAUUAUGAAGUACCUUCUGUCUGAAGCCAAAGAGAAGAAACAGACAGCUUUCCAAAAAGGCUGGAAGAUUACCAUCAUCAAGGGUAUUCCUCAGCAGAAAAACGACAGCGACUGUGGAGUUUUUGUACUUGAGUACUGCCGUUGUCUCUCUGUGAAGCAGCCUCUGCUGUUCAGUCAAGAGGACAUGCCUCGCAUCCGCAAGAGAAUCUACAAGGAGCUGUGUGACUGUCACCUUAACGAUUGAAAGACUGAAUAAUGGUUGCCCUCACCCACUGACUGCUUGCCUGGUUACAUGAGACGGUCUGUCAAAGUCUGUCAGACGGCCUGUUUCACCGACAGCUUGUUACAUAAGCUAACACAACCCGGCCAUCUGUAUUCCAGGGAGCCCUAACUGCCAGUUUGACUGACAGCAGAGUGGCUGGUCACUUGGACUUUUGGUGACUUUUGGAGUUCAAUAAUAGUCUGUAGCAGUCUGUAACUACUGACGUGGUCCCCUACUGACCCACAGAAAUGCUGGACCCGUACCCAUCAGGUUGUUUUGCGUUCUACAUUUACCAUCCACAGUGGAUUUCAACCACAUGACCAAACAGCCGCCUUUAAGGACACAAGGGAGCUCUGACUGAGGACACAGGCGUUGGACCAGCCUGGACCAAUGUACCAAAUGGAGUGGCCUUACCUCCGGUGUUUUAAUAUGUUAAUAAAGCUAGGAUGUGCGAUUCAGUGGACCAAACGUUCACUUAAAACUUGAGGGUUUAUGUUGGUUUUGUUCUCUCGGACUACAGAUAUUUGCACGGUUAGAGGCCUAUCCAUUGAAGAGUCUAGAAUAUUGACUGAAUGUACUGAUCAUUGAUCAUGAUGUAUUCUUCCUGGCUGCCAGGGUGGAGACUUAGCAGCGUACAGGCUAAUGGCACAUUUUGACUGUGGCUUGAAACAGGGAUAUCAUUUUUCAAGGUAGUUUUUGUUUUAAGUAUCAGGUUUGUGACACCUUACUCCAAAUAAUUUCUUACUAAAAUUACAGUUUUUCCACCACGUUAUUUCCAGCUUUGUUGUUUUGCUGUGAUCACAUCCUUUCGGUUGGUUUUGCACAAGCAUAUUCCAGUCUUUUUAGCCAAAAGCCAUUGUUUGAUAAUUCUUUACACUUGAAUCCAUCAAUUUGAUUUGAAAACAGUUUCACAUGCUGGUUAGUAAAUUUCAUGUUAAGCUGUACAGCUAGCUGCUGAUGUGAGGACCACCGUUUUUGAUUUUAGCUAAGCAGUUUCUCCAUGAAAACUUUAUAUUGUCCAGGCCUGCUGUUUCACAUGGAUGCAUUAACACAGGUGCAGAAAGUCGUUGUUACAGAGUGGCCUCUUAACAGAGAAACAAAUGGACCUCAGCUAUUUUGACUAAAUCCUCAUGUCCAGCCUGGAUUUUGUUGUUAUAUUCACGUAUAUGUAUUUACAGAUUGUAUUGUACUUUUACUGGCCUACUACUGUAUAUGCUUGCUUUGGCUAAAAACCGCAAUGGUUUCUGGACUGUUUUUAUUGUUGUUAUUAAAAGGCCAAUAAUGCUGGUAA